AUGACGAUGGAGACGGAUGAACUGAAUAGCUGCGGUAGCGGCAGCGACAGUGGUUCCAGCGGGAGUAGCUGCCGGGGCGGUGCUCUCCGCAGUGUCCGCUGCGCCGGAAGCAGCAGUGGAAGUAACAGCGAUGCUGGUGCCAGCAGCACCGGCAGUGGCGGCGACAGCACACCGCCCGCGUCGUGCAGCAGUGAUAGUGAUAAGGCCAGUGAUACUAGCAGUAGUCUGUGUAGUGAAAACGAUAAGGAUAACGAAAGUGAAUCGGAGAAGAGCAACGAGCGCAAGAGAAGUGGUGGUUGCAGGGAGGGCAAGGGAGAUGCGGGCAAACCGGGCAAAGUUAUCGAGGGCAAUCUGGGGCCGCUGACAGCGACGGUAAAAUUCAUCAAUCCGUACAAAAACAACUGGAUCAAUGCCGACCGGUUGAACGAGCUGCGGAAGAAGGUGCAGGAUGCGACCAAGCACCACCGGGUGUUUCUGCUGCGCGGAUCCUUCCACACCGUGCGCCGGGCGCUGGUGGAGCGCGGCUGGGUCGAGAAGCUGGACGGGUUCCGGGUGAAAGCGCAGGCUUCGACCUCGUCGUCCGGCUUCAUCCUGGAGGAUCUGGUCUCCCAGCUGCCGGACCGGAAGCCGGGCGAGUCACGCAAGAACCACAUCGCCAAGUGCGAGCGCAGCAUUAUGUCGCGCUUUCUGGAGCACACGCCGAUCGAUUUCCUGUGGACGGCCCGCCGCGAGAAGGCGGACUGGCUCGAUCUGACGAAGAACUCAUCGCUAAUCAUCAACCGGUUCGCGAAGGCCCCGUUUACGACGAAAGAGGGCCUCUGCUCGGCGCUCCACGAUUUCCAUUGGUUCUACGAGGAGGGCAUGUCCGAGACCUACUUUCCGCGGUGCUAUAACGUUUGGAACCCGGAGGAGUUGAACGAGUUUGUCGACAACUUCCGGCUGACGGCGUCAAUGGGCCUGCUCAAGUGGCUCGUCGAGCGGCAUGCGAACGGGGGCCUCGACGCCAUCAUCGCAGACGAUGGCAACGUGCCGAGCACGUGCAUCGCGUUCUCGUUGACGCGCUGCAAGGAGUACCUGGACUACUGCCUGCACAACGACAUCGACAUCGAGGAAGAGCCGAAGGUGUGGGACCACGACUGGGACGUGUUCCUCACGCACCACUACCUGCUCACGCACGAGGACAACCGGAUACAGCUGCUCAAGGAGGAGCGGGACGCGGACGCUAUCGUCCUCUACCUUGCCGAGGCCAAGUCGGUGCUAGAGCAGAUCAAGAGCUACUGGCCACAGUACGCGCUCGAUGGCUAUCUGAACAUCUGGAUCGUAAAGCCCGGCAACAAAUGCCGCGGCCGGGGCAUUCAUCUGAUGAACAACAUCAAGCAAAUCAUCGCCAUGGUCAAUCCACCGAUUGUCAGCAAAACGCGCUACGUCAUCCAGAAGUAUAUCGAACGUCCCCUCAUCAUUCACAACACAAAGUUCGACAUUCGCCAAUGGUUCAUGAUCACGAGCGUGCAACCGCUGAACAUUUGGUUCUACAAGGAAAGCUACCUACGGUUCAGCUCGCAGCAGUACAAUCUAAUGAACUACCACGAAUCGGUGCACCUGACGAACCACGCAAUCCAGAAGAAGUACCACAACGCGGUGCGCGAUGAGCGGUUGCCGCACGAGAAUAUGUGGGACUGCCACACGUUCCAGGCGUACCUGCGCCAGAUCGACAAGUACGAGCUGUGGUCCGAGCGCAUCUACCCGGGCAUGCAGAAAGCAAUCAUCGGCUCGCUGUUGGCCUGCCAGGACAACAUGGACCGACGGCCCAACACAUUCGAGUUAUACGGUGCCGAUUUCAUGAUCACAGAAGACUUUUUCCCAUGGCUGAUCGAGAUCAACUCCAGUCCGGAUUUGGCACCGAGCACCAGUGUCACGGCGCGACUCUGCCCGCAGUGCGUGGAGGACACGAUCCGAGUGGUUAUCGAUCGACGAACGGACCCGAACGCCCCGACCGGUUCGUUUGAGCUGAUCUACAAGCAAAUCAUCCCGAAAACUCCGGCCUACAUGGGGCUGAACUUGCAGCUGCGAGGUCACCGUAUCACGCCCAAGAGCUCCAUGAAGAAGGAUCGCAUGCGCAUGCUGCCGCUGAAGCCGGUCCAGAACGUGCUGCAGGUGUCCCGGUUGGCAACGUCGGCGGCAGCCCCCGUCAAGCAGCCUGCUUCGCCGGUCAUCAUGGACCUGAUCGAGUGCAUGCAGUUCCGGGACGGGAAGCAGGACGAUGAGCUGCUGGGCGGUGGUCGGCUGCGUGGGGCCUGCGGUGUAACGUCCGCCACGCUCUACAAGCGGUCCAACUUCUCGCACAAGUCCACCAACCUGCGGUACGAUUUCGAAAAGAAAAAGUCCUACAUCAUCUCGAAAACGGGCGAACUGUUUCGGCGCAAUGGCGGAACCGGCGCCAAGUACCUGACCGACGGUGAAACGUACAUCGACAGUGUCGAGGCUUGGGAGCGGGCCACGACCAGCUUCUUCCAGCACAACUUCAACUCCAACACCCUCAGCUCACUCACUGCCAAAGCGCACGAAGCGACGGACAAAGGACAAUCGAACGGAUGCGAAGGCAAGUCUGGUGGCUCCACCAGCGUUUCCGGGGACUCGAGCGACGAGCCGAGCGAUAACAGUCCCGAGAAGCUGCCUCCGGACUCGGUGGAGAACCUUACCGCAGGCGGCCACGCAGCUGGCACCAGUAUGAACCCGACGACCGGCUUCCCCACGACGGUACGGUACGGCGGCAAACCAUCCGGCGGACGCAUGGGGACGACUUCGAACAACUUCUACACCCUCGGGUUUAGUCUGCGGGUUAGGCCGUCCAAACCGGUGCGUCCAACGGCCACCAAGCUGCACCACGCCCUAUCGGCCGAGGACCUCUCGGCAGCGUCCGGCACCGACGGCCACCGAACGCACGGACCCGCCGGAUACCAUCAGCGCUCCAACACUACCGGCCUAGUAUCUGGCGCUGGUGGUGGUAGGCCGGACCAUAGUGCCGCCAUGCUGCAGCCGCCAUCGCCAUUCUAG